UUAAUUCAUUUCUAUAUUUUUAUUAAACGUACAUCUUUAUAUCGAUUUGCGUACAACGGCUUUAAAGUGCAUAGAGUGCGCAUAGCUCUGCCAGUGAAAAACGCUAUAAGAAUAUGCGAAAAUUUUAUUUUGCUUAUAACUUUCUAUUGCAACAGUAGAAAUAUACAAGAAAAUGAAAAUUCUGGUUAUAGUCUAUGGUUCGUAUUUUAUUAGAAUGCGCUUACAGCGAUGUUAGCGCGCUAACAUGCUAUAAUUUACGUUACGUAUACUAUAGAAUUUCAGAGAUACAAGCGCGCUUUUAUCGAUAAAAGCGCGUUCUAAAUACGGACCAAUGUUUACACAAAGAACAAGGCAUUUUCAAGACGCAAGUGUUGACAAUUUAGUCGUUGAAAUGCAAACGAUCGAUCAUGAGAUCUCCAAUUAUUUCAGAAUAACAUUGGAAUUAUUUGAAGAAUUGUUGACAUCAAUUGAAUUACUAGAAAAACUUCUUACAGAAUGGAGAGUACUAGUGAACUCAUUUCUAGUAAAAAAUCUGUUUCGUCGUUCCGAUUCCGUAUAUGGGAUGGCACUAUCAGUAUUGCAGCCAAUACGGUGGCAAGAUUCUAAUCCUGCUAGCAAUCCAGCAAGAAAAUAAGCAUCAUGUACUGCAGGCUAUAGGCCUGUUCUACAAUAGAAUCGUAAGUAGUAAGCCGUAAGAAAUUAACCAAUCAUAGUCGAUUAUUCUUCUUACACUUAAUUGUGAUUGGCCAAUUUCUUACAGCUAACGGCUUGCCACCCUAUUGUAGAACAGGCAUUAAUGCGAGGUCUACAAAUCGUAGAGUGAAAUCACACGGUGCAGAAAACUACUACGGAAUAGAGAAUGCAUCAUUGAAACAACCAAUUAGCACUAUUCGGAAUAACGCAGAAUAAUGCUGAUUGAUUGCUUCUAUGACGCAUUCGUUUUCAGCACCAUGUGAUUUCACCUUAACGAUCGUAGGAUCUUGAGUCGUAGAAAAUUGACCAAUCAUAAUCGAUUAUUCUUCUCAUAUUCGACUGAAUGGUUAAUUUUUUACGACUUAAGACUACGACUUCUGUUAUAGACCCCGCGUAAAACUUUCCACAAAAUUUCUUCAAGCUUUUGUUGUAUUCGUUAACUGAUGUUUCAUCGGUGGAUAUUCGAUCAAUAGUUCAAUGCCGAUUAAAAUAUUUACAUUUUGUUUUAUAUCAAAAUUAAAACUAAUUCAACAUGAAAAUAUAUAUUACAAUAUUAUUACAAUAACUUUAAUAAGUAUUACACAACUGCAACGAGUCCGAUGUAAUGUAUCGAUAAUAUCUCGACAAUCGCCAAAUAAUAAACUAGAAACAAUAGUA